AUGACGCCGCCGCCCCCCACCCCCCACCCCCCACCCCGGCCGGGAACCGGGCCCGGAGACUCCUCCCAAGGCGCAGAACGCAGGCCCCCGCGGCUCCCGCCCCCGCUUCCGCGGAGCCCGCAGGCCCGCCCGCUCCCGCAGGGGGGAGGGGAGGAAAAACCGCAGCAGGCCCGAGGCCUGCGAGACGCCACGGCCGCCCCGGCACCGCCUGCCGAGGGGCCCCGGCGGAGGGGGGUGCACCCGCCGCCGUCUCCCGCCCGGCCCCGGGUCCCCGUGGAGCCCCCCAACGGUGGAGCCGCCUCCCUCGGAGCCCCCCUCACGCGGAGCCCCCCCGGAGCCCCUCCCGCCGCCCCCUCACCUCGGCUAAAGGACCGCAAACGCUCCGCGGCAACGCAGCACCAGGACGCAGAAGCAACUGGCGCGCCGCCCCCGCGCCUCCCUUAUAUAGAGGCGAGCCCGCCCAGCGCGCGGCGCCUUUUCCAGAAGCCUCCCGAACCUUCCGGAAGAACCCUCCCCAACCGCCGCCGCGGCCGCGCGCCUGCGCCUGCGCCUGCGCCUGCGCCCUGGACGCCGCCCGCCCCUACCCAGGGCCCGCGCGGCCCCACGCCCUCGCGCCCCGCCCCCAACGGCCGUGCCGCGCGCGCCCGCGCGGCCCGCAGGGCGCCUGCGCGGCGCGGAGCUCUCGGGAAGGUCUCGCGCCUUCCGGGUCAUCACCCUCAGCCCUUCCCUGGAGCUCGCUGCGUUCUGCGCGCCGGCGGCCUCGGCCCCACGACCCCUGCUCGGCGCGCGUCGGCCCAAAGGCCGCCCUGGUGA